AUGUUUUUAAUAAAAUAUAAACCAAGAAUUUAUAUCAAGGAUAUUCAAUCAUUAGUUCAAAUUGUCAUCAUGGUUGCCAUUAAAAAUACUAUCGCUUUAGCUUCAGUCGCAGCUUUAUCAUCAGCAGCUGCUAUUCCAGACGCUCACUUUGGACAUGGAUGGGGUGGCGAUCCAGGCUGGGGUGAAGGUCCAAGACCAACUAAAUCAUGGGGCCAUUUCCCUCCAACUAAUGGUUCAUUCCCAACUUUCUCACAUCAUCCAAAACCAACUGGUUGGGGCCAUCAUCCAUUCCCAACUCACCAAUGGCCAACUGCAUGGCCAACUGAAUGGUCUUUCUCAUGGCCAACAGCUUUUCCAACUGACUGGCCAACCGAAUGGUCUGCUGCUUUCCCUACUGGAUGGCCAACUUCUUGUCCAGAUUAUUUCCCAGAUUUCAAGAAUUUAGAGAGUGCUCCGUCACAACCAACCAUCUCAGCAGCUCCAACCGUUUAUUCAGCUCCAACUGAACCAGCCAGUGGAUCUCCAAGCGGUGAAUCUCAAUUUAUCUAUGCUUGA